AUGGAAACCUGGACGAAGAGCUAUCCAUUGGUUUGGGAGCAGCUUCAAACGGAGCGCGGCAGCAUGGCGGCCAGGAAUUUGGGCAACAUGGGCUACGAAGGAGUCACAGGUGGCUUCAUUCCAAAGCCAGUUCAACAAGAAGCUUACGUGAAAGAAGGCAUCGCUCUACAAUACUUCCGCUUCUGGAACGCCUCCUGGUAUGCUCCGUCUCAAUACUUUGAUCCGAUCUCCAUGAUCAAUGCCACAGACAUGCUGAAGCCAUGUUCCUCCACUGCCUCCAUCUUCACGGAGGAUGGCACGAUGAAGUCCUAUGUGGAGUUAUCAGGCGAUGUGGAUGGAGUUGUGAUCGCAGAUGAUGGCACUUAUUCCGGAAAAUGUGCCGAUGGCUAUUGGUGGAUGAGCCCAUCGUGCCGUCACAAUGCAUCACUUUGCGUUCCGUUUGUCACCGGCGGUGUUGGCUGGGAUGCCAAGCAAUACAUGCAGAAAUCGGCCAAGUGGAACAUGCCCGUGGCCUUGGGUGUGGCAGCUUCGAAAUCGUACUUCUACUGGUGGAUUCCGGAUCCAACCUUCUUGGAGCUGCAACCUCUUCAAGUGAUCUAUCCUCCUCACGACCGAAUAGCCUACAGCCAAGGCGAUCAAAGCUCCGCUGCCAGCGCCAUCUCCAUUGACAAGCUGGUCAGUAGAGACUUGAGCAUUUUGGCACCGAAUGUGGAGAGUUUUGUGAAGAACGUCAUGGUGAGCAUAGAGCAGAUGAAUGAUAUGCUGUUGGAUCAAAAGAAUACCAGCGACACUUGGAGGAACACCACUUGCCGCUGGCUGCGAUCCCAUGCGGACGUGUGGCGCUCGUGGAUCCCAGAUGAGAGUCAAUGCUUUCCGGGCUUUGGGCUCUACGACACCGUCUUGGAAACCUUUACGGACCAUCGGGUGAAUGUCAGUAACAAGAUCAGCUGCCAGGUCAGAUUCUUCCGUCGGUUAGACAGCGUCACGCGGCGUGUUCGGUCCUUCUCCCCUCUGAAGUUUGGGUUCUUAUCCUCACGUGGAGGUAGUUGGCAACGUAGGUUGUGA